AUGACUGAAGAAUCCGAGGUAUUCAUGCUUGAUGGGGCGCCGGAGAAGGACCCCAACAGAGUUCUUAAGGAUGUUCUUGCUGGAACAGUGGGUGGUAUCGCCCAAGUUCUGUCGGGGCAGCCAUUCGACACCACCAAAGUCAGGCUUCAAAGUGCAGCUGAAGGGACGUAUUCCGGUCCAAUAGAUGUCGUGAAGCAGCUACUGAAAAAUGAAGGACCUCUGGGAUUUUACAAAGGAACAUUGACCCCGUUGGUUGGUGUGGGAGCUUGCGUGAGCAUCCAGUUCGGAGUGAACGAGUUCAUGAAACGGUUUUUUGCGGAGCAACAGUUAAAAAAGAAUAUUCCUGCUGGAACUCCACUCACUUCCAGCCAAUUUUACAUUUGUGGUGCUGCUGGUGGAUUUGCGAACGGAUUUCUCGCUGCUCCAAUAGAGCACAUCAGAAUCAGGCUCCAGACACAGACUGGUGCUGUGAAGGAGUUCAACGGUCCUCUCGAUACCAUUCGCAAGCUAUACGCUCAAAACGGAUUGAAAACGAUCUACAGAGGUAUCUGGCCUACGCUUAUCAGAGAGGCUCACGGAAUUGGUAUCUAUUUCAUGACGUUCGAGGCCUUGGUCAAGAAUGAGAUGACGAGUCGCAAGGUGGAGAGAAAGGAGAUCCCAGGGUGGAAAUUGUGUUCUUUUGGAGCUGCUGCUGGUUAUUCCAUGUGGCUGACAAGUUACCCUAUCGAUGUGAUCAAGUCCAAGCUUCAGACCGACAGUUACACCCAACCUAAGUUCCGUGGUUCGUUGGACGUUGCCAAGUCUAUCAUGGCUACUAAUGGAAUCAAGGGAUUUUUCAAGGGUUUUGUCCCCACAAUUUUGAGGGCUGCUCCGGCGAAUGCGGCCACCUUCUAUGCGUUCGAGCUGACCAUGAGGUUUUUGGGUUGA